AUGCCAAAAUAUAGCCUUGUCAUUCAAUACGACGGCGUCGAAGCAUGGCAGAAACACAGUGGCGAGAUUGAACGAAUUACGAAGGACGGGUUCGCAGCAAAAGGGGCAGAUAAGUUCACGUUUUUUAUUUCGACGAGAAGUCUCCCUCCUAUACAUACUACUUCAUUCGUUGUACCCGAUAAUGUUACCCUGGAGGAAUUGAAGGAAGUGCAGUUCCCAGAGGGUGUCUCCGUGCAGUUACAUCAGGAAUCUUAA